GAGUACAAAAUCGUGAGGCAAGCAACUCAAACCCAGUGGAUCUCCGAAGUCCUCAUAGCGCUGCCAUGGAGCCUCUCAAGGUCGCAUUCCUCGGCCCUGUCGCGUCAUUCUCCCACCAGGCCGCAGUUGAAAGCUUUGGGUCUUCAGCGGAACUUUUACCCCACGUAUCGUUUCCGGACGCUUUCGCAGCAUUGCAAGGAGGCAACGUCGAUUAUGCUAUCAUCCCUUGCGAGAACUCAACCAAUGGCUCGGUUGUUCAGACUCUAGAUCUCUUGGCGGACCCGAGCGGCCUUUACAGUAAUGUGAAGGUGUGCGGGGAACAUUAUCUGACAGUUCACCACUGUCUUCUCACUCGAAAGGGUCUCUUCCCACCUGGCCAGCGAGACUACAGCUCCAUCACCAAAUUAUAUACCCACCCGCAGGCAUGGGGUCAGUGUGAUACUUUUCUUGAAAAAACUUUCAAAGGCGUCGAAAGACAAGAUGUCUCGUCAACCUCCAAGGGCGCUGAGAUCGUGUCCAAGGAGACGACAGAGCGAUGUGGAGCAAUAGCUAGUCGCUUUGCUGCCGAGCAUCACGGUCUAGAUGUAUCAGAGGAAAAUAUCGAAGACAAGGCCAAUAACACCACCCGGUUCCUGGUGCUCAGAAAUGUGACUUCGGAGCGUACGGGUCGGCUGGUCUUCCAAUAUGCCAACGGUUCCCCAGCACAGACACAAAUUUCUACUACACCAACAGCGCAAAAGACUCUGAUCUCAUUUAUGAUUCGCCAGGAUUGCCCGGGUGCCUUGGCAGAUGCUCUCUUGAUUUUCAAGGAUCGUGGGAUGAAUCUGACCAGCAUUAAUUCGCGCCCGAGUCAGAUAAGGCCGUGGAAGUAUGUAUUCCUGGUCGAAGGCCAAUACAUUCCAACAAGUGAAAAUGCGGAUGCGGUAUCCAAAAUCAUGGAUGGGCUACAACAUGUCACUGAGGGUUGCAGGCAUUUGGGAACAUGGGCGGAUCAGCUCGUAUAUGUCUAAGUGUCGGUACUGAUGAGGAAGUGCAAGAGGUUCAUCACAAGUGCUUGUAGCCUGCAAAUUUCAUAUAGACAGAUCAAAUCGAUACCCAAAUAAGGAAAAUAAGGAAAUAGGUUCUAUGAAGCAAUUCAAUUGCCGUGUAGGCCUCGUGUGUCAUGCGCUACCAGAUUUACAGGCAUCUACAGGACCUGUAGAUAACAUGAAGAGGAAGCCAGUGUUGGCUUGCUUCCCUUAUAAGAAGCGCACUCAGAAGCAACAAAAGAAAAACACAACGAAGAGAUCCAGUGCUGACAGGCACUGGAACAAACAGUCUAAACGCGCUAGCCCAAGUGUUAUACGAUCGACAGCCCUUGGUGAGUUAUAGGUUCGACAUAACAGAUCUAUCAUCUUUUCGAACUGAAGU